AUGGCACCCUCUACCCCUAAAACUUCCAAGACUGUUAACUUCAAAAACGGCUCGAUAUCGUCCCAAAAGAGAAUGAAGCAAUCAAGUUUGCUGUCCUUUUUCUCUAAACAGUUACCUACUGGUACACCUACAAAGAAGGACUCUAAACUUACUUCAGCGACUUUACAGAAUCCAGCUGGUAGUAAAUUAACGAAAAAUCCUGAAGGGGAAAAGGUGGACAAACUUUUUGUUGAUGUAGACGACGACAAUGAUUUAACAAUGGCUGAAGAAACAUCGGCAACUGUGAAAAGUGAUACUGUACAUUCUGAGGAGCUCCAAUCUGAUACUAUUUUGAAUACUAACACGACGGAGAUCAAAAGUGCUGCAGCAGAUGAUGAUUUAUCAUCUUCUUCACAAUCUCGAAGAACCGAUAAAAAGAGGGUCAACUAUGCAGAAAGUGAUGAGGAGGACUCAAGUUCUAUGUUUGCUACCAAGCGAAAGAGAAGUAAAGUAAUUGGUAGCGACAGUGAUGAGGAUGAAUACUUACCCGAUAAGAAUGAAGCCGAUGAGAAUGAUAAUUCCGCUGAGAACAAAGGAUAUAUUAAAGAUGAAUUGAGAGAAGAUGAUUAUGAUGAUGAGGAUGAGGAUGAUGAUGAGGAUUUACUCUCUUUGGCAGGAACUGCUUCAAAGAGGAAACCGUCUAAUACUUCCCAAUCAUCAUCACCCUUUGCAAGAAAUACGUCACGCAAUAGCUCGACCAGCAAAAGCAGGAAAAAGCAUGUUCAAGGUAGAUCAUACACUCCCCCUUACAGCCACAGAUCCGCAACGUCCAAAUCCAGCAAAUUCAAUAAGCAAAAUGAAGAACGAUAUCAAUGGCUAGUGGACGAACGAGACGCUCAACGCCGUUCCAAGAGUGAUCCAGAGUAUGAUCCUAGGACAUUGUAUAUCCCCUCUUCGGCAUGGAAUAAGUUCACUCCAUUUGAGAAACAAUAUUGGGAAAUUAAAUCCAAAAUGUGGGAUUGUAUCGUCUUCUUCAAAAAAGGCAAGUUCUUUGAACUAUACGAGAAGGAUGCUCUAUUGGCCAAUGCCUUAUUUGAUUUGAAGAUUGCCGGAGGGGGGCGUGCUAAUAUGCAACUCGCAGGUAUUCCAGAAAUGUCAUUUGAGUAUUGGGCAUCUCAAUUUAUUCAAAUGGGUUAUAAAGUUGCUAAGGUAGACCAAAAAGAAUCAAUGUUGGCUAAAGAAAUGAGGGAAGGUUCAAAAGGUAUUGUGAAGAGAGAGCUUCAAUGCAUAUUAACCUCAGGUACCUUAACUGAUGGUGACAUGUUGCAUUCGGAUCUGGCCACCUUUUGUCUUGCAAUUAGAGAAGAGCCUGGUAACUAUUACAAUCAACCUCAGCUAGAUUCAUCAACAAUGAUUCAAAAGUUGAAUACAAGAAUAUUUGGCGCUGCCUUCAUUGAUACCGCAACUGGUGAACUUCAAAUGUUGGAGUUUGAGGAUGAUAGUGAAUGCACCAAAUUGGAUACAUUAAUGUCGCAAGUAAGACCUAUGGAAGUUGUAGUGGAGAGGAAUAAUUUAUGUGCACUCGCAAAUAAAAUUGUGAAGUUCAAUUCGGCCCCCAAUGCAAUCUUCAAUGAGGUUAAAGCUGGUGAAGAAUUUUAUGACUGUGAUAAAACCUACUCUGAAAUUAUUUCUUCUGAAUAUUUUCCCACGGAGGAAGAUUGGCCAGAAGUUCUGAAGGCAUAUUAUGACACGGGGAAAAAAGUUGGGUUCAGUGCAUUCGGUGGAUUGCUAUAUUAUUUGAAAUGGUUGAAGCUAGAUGAAAAUCUAAUUUCGAUGAAAAAUAUAAAAGAGUACGAUUUUGUCAGAUCGCAACAUUCCAUGGUUUUAGAUGGGAUCACUUUACAGAACUUGGAAAUAUUUUCCAAUUCGUUUGAUGGUUCUGAUAAAGGGACUCUGUUCAAGUUGUUUAAUAGGGCAAUUACUCCUAUGGGUAAAAGAAUGAUGAAAAAGUGGUUAAUGCAUCCAUUACUUCGUAAAAGCGAUAUUGAGAAUAGGCUUGAUAGUGUUGACUCUUUGUUGCAGGAUAUUACUUUAAGAGAAGAACUAGAGAUGACCUUCUCUAAACUACCUGAUUUAGAGAGAAUGCUGGCUCGUAUUCAUAGUAGAACUAUCAAAGUUAAAGAUUUUGAGAAAGUGAUAACGGCAUUCGAAACUAUUGUUCAGUUGCAAAGAACUUUGCAGAAUAAUGUUUUGAAAGGGGAUGUUUCGAAAUACAUAUCAUCUAUUCCCAAUGGACUUCUCGAAGGCGUUGAAAAUUGGACAAAUGCGUUUGAAAGACAACGAGCAAUUAACGAAAACAUCAUUGUGCCACAAAGGGGAUUUGAUAUAGAAUUUGAUAAAUCAUUGGAUAAAAUACAAGAAUUGGAAGACCAUUUAAUGGACAUUCUGAUGAAGUAUAGGAAACAAUUUAAAUGUUCUACUAUCCAAUAUAAAGAUUCUGGAAAAGAAAUCUACACUGUUGAAAUUCCUGUGUCUGCGACUAAGAAUGUUCCAUCGAAUUGGGUCCAAAUGGCCGCGAACAAAACAUAUAAGAGGUAUUACUCUGAUGAAGUGAGAAUUUUAGCAAGAUCUAUGGCAGAGGCAAAGGAAUUGCACAAGGCACUAGAAGAGGAUUUAAAGAACAGGUUAUGUCAAAAAUUCGAUGCACAUUAUAACACUAUAUGGAUGCCCACCAUACAGGCUAUAUCUAACAUAGAUUGUUUAUUGGCUAUCACAAGAACGUCCGAAUAUCUGGGUGCUCCAUCAUGUAGGCCGACUAUUAUAGAUGAGGUCGAUUCAAAAACGAAAACUCAGCUAAAUGGAUUUUUGAACUUCAAAUCAUUAAGGCACCCGUGUUUUAACCUUGGCGCUACUACAGCAAAGGACUUCAUUCCUAAUGAUAUUGAAUUGGGUAAAGAGCAGCCUAGAUUGGGAUUGUUAACUGGUGCGAACGCAGCAGGUAAGUCCACUGUGUUGAGAAUGGCGUGUAUUGCCGUAAUCAUGGCACAAAUGGGAUGCUACGUUCCCUGUGAAUCUGCUGUUUUAACGCCAAUUGAUAGAAUCAUGACACGGUUGGGCGCUAAUGAUAAUAUUAUGCAAGGUAAAUCUACAUUUUUUGUAGAAUUAGCAGAAACAAAAAAAAUAUUAGAUAUGGCCACAAAUAGAUCACUUUUGGUUGUUGACGAGUUAGGAAGGGGAGGUUCUUCAAGCGAUGGGUUUGCUAUUGCAGAAAGUGUGCUACAUCACGUGGCUACGCAUAUUCAAAGUUUGGGCUUUUUUGCGACACAUUAUGGGACAUUGGCGUCAAGUUUCAAGCACCAUCCCCAGGUACGACCAUUGAAAAUGAGUAUCUUAGUGGAUGAAGCGACUAGGAAUGUUACAUUUUUGUAUAAGAUGCUCGAAGGGCAAAGUGAAGGUUCUUUUGGUAUGCAUGUAGCAUCAAUGUGUGGAAUUUCAAAGGACAUUAUUGACAAUGCACAAGUUGCUGCUGAUAAUUUAGAGCAUACUUCUAGGUUAAUUAAAGAACGUAGUUUAGCUGCCAAUAAUUUGGCCGGUGAUGUGGUUUCCUUACCUGGUGGUUUACAAAGCGAUUUCGUUCGGAUUGUCUAUGGAGAUGGAUUGCAGAAUACACGUUUAGGUUCUGGUGAAGGAGUUCUGAAUUAUGAUUGGAAUAUAAAGAAGAAUGUUCUGAAAAGUUUAUUUGGUAUGAUUGAAGAUUUGAAUUCUUAA